UCGGUUAUAUUCAGUUCAGAGUUUUUCGCUACGCGAGUCGGUUCGUCAUCCAUCUAUCGUACACUUUGUCAACCCGUCACGGAAUUGUGAUUCUUAGAGAUUUUUUGUGGCAUCCAGUUAGUGCUGAGGCCAAUUAAACGAUACUUUGUGCCGUUUAGUCAUUCGCAUUCCACAAUCCGCGGUUUGAAUUGGUACAAUUGCGCGUAAUUCCAUUUGCUGUUAACUCGAUUCCGUGUAUUGUUAGCGAACAAUGUCCUGGUACUAUACGCCCAAGCCAACCGUGGUCCCGGCGGAGGGAUUCGACGCAUCGGCCGAUGCCAAUGCCCUGCGGGCCGCCAUGAAGGGCUUCGGAACCGAUGAGAAGGCCAUCAUCGACAUUCUGUGCGCCCGCAGCAACGGCCAGCGGAUGCAAAUUCUCGAGACCUACGCCAGCGAAUUGGGACGGGACCUCAUCGAAGACCUGAAGUCCGAGCUGGGUGGUAAGUUCGAGGACGUCAUCGUUGCCCUGAUGAUACCCCCGGAGAAGUAUCUUUGCAAACAGCUGCACAAGGCCAUGGAUGGAAUCGGCACCAACGAGGACGCCCUCAUCGAAAUUCUGGCUCCGCAGACCAACGAAGAGGUCAAGAAAAUCGUCGACUGCUACGAGGACAUGUACAAUCGCCCUCUGGCCGAGCAUCUGUGCAGCGAGACGGACGGCAGCUUCCGCCGUCUGUUGACGAUGAUCAUUGUCGGAGCGAGAGAUCCCCAAGGCACGGUUGAUGCCGAUUUGGCUGUCGAGCAGGCCAAUCAGCUGUACAAUGCCGGAGAGGCCAAGUUUGGAACCGAUGAGGAGGUCUUCUACAAGAUCUUGGCCCACGCCAGCUUCGACCAGCUGGAGAUCGUUUUCGAAGAGUACAAAAAGCUGUCCGGCCGUACCAUCGAACAGGCCAUGAAAGACGAACUGAGCGGCGAACUGUACGAUGCGCUCAGUGCCAUUGUGGAAUGCGUCCAGAUGGCGCCGCAUUACUUCGCCAAGCGUUUGCACAAGGCGAUGGACGGUGCCGGAACGGAUGAUGCCAGUAUGAUUCGCAUCAUCGUUACCCGCUCGGAGAUCGAUCUGCAGAACAUCAAGGACGAGUACGAGCAAAUGUACAACAAGACGCUGCUGAGCGCCGUACGGAACGAAUGCUCCGGCGAGUACAAGCAUGCUCUGUGCGCUCUGCUCGGUGAAGCCUAAAUGAACCACUAACUAGAGAGGGCCCAUCGAACUUUAAGCAAACAUUUUACCCAACAUGGUGUCGAAUAUUGAAUUUACAUGUAUUACUCGUCGUCUUAGAUUAGGAUCGAGAUAUUAUCCACAUGUAGUGUGUACGUUAUUUAUAAUUGUAGUGUAGUCAUGCGACUGCACAUUGAGUGCAACCAAAGCGCAUUUGCAGUUUAAAUUGUCAGAUUAACAAUCCUAAAUUUCUCUCUGAAAUGCCUAUGACAAAGGAUAUAUGUUUGAAUAGUGCUCAUUUUGCUUUUCAAUAAUAGACCAAACAUUUUUAGAUAUUUAACAGUAUUGCAAAGAAUCUCAAAACCGCUUGAGCAAAAGCUGAGAAAUACCAAAAAAGCGAAGUGCAAUUAGCAAACAAUCGAAGGCCUUAGCAAACGAAUAAUUACAUUGAAACUAUUAGAGCGAGCAUUCAAUAAAAGCACAAAAGACAACAAAUUAUUUAAAUAUUCGCUGUUUGUCAACGUUGCAAUGGCUAAUGAAAUAAAGAUUGGAAGCAAAUGCUUAGCUUCGCAUUUGCAUACGGUA